UGUGUUCGUAAGGUAGGACAUUACUCGCCCUUGCCGUGCUUCAGACGAUGGCUAUGGCUAUGGCUAUGCCUCGUCAUCCAUGAUGCAAUCAUUGCAAAGCCACAAUUCAGAAUUCACCAGCGGAUCACAAGUAGCCUCCCAGCAGGAUUAUUAUCACAAAGUAUUUAUAUGAACACUCACAUUCGCAUUCACCUGUGCUCGUCGUAUUUGUGAUUGUCAUUUCACAGUCACAUUCACGCCUGAUUACAACUUUAUCCUUAGCCAUCCUUACUUCCUUACCCUCUCGAAGAACCCCACCUUCCACUUCCCCCUCCACAACAAUCUUAUAGUUACAGUUAACAAAUUCUACAACAGCAACAACAACACAAGCUUUUCACAAUAGCAAAUAACAUGGCUGAACCAUCAAAUAGUACAACUAAACCGUCAGCUUGGGAAAAAACCAAGACUGGUGGUAAAGCUGCUUUUGAUAAAGGAUGGGCUGCAUUUGAAAAGCUAGGAGGACCAGUUAACAAACUCACGAAUAAGAUUGGAUCUGAGGCCUUCUGGCCAACCGGGAUGGAUAAAGAAUGCGAGAAGGCUGCUCGAAUUCUUAAAUCGUUCUGUAGUACGUCUGUGCAAUACUCUCAACUACAAAGGGCCCACUAACAAUUUGACAGAAGAUGGAUUUAUGGCGGAGCAACAAAAAGAUGCAUCCUUAGAUCCAGAGACUAAGAAUAAAGUCAAAGAUGGACCCAGCAAACCACCAAAAGUUCUUGUCAAAAUCCCUCAAAAGGUCAUCAAGAACUGUGUUGGUCUUGCAAUUUACACCACAAUGCGUUCUGGAUUAUGGGUCUCCGGAGCAGGUGGAUCGGGCGUUUUAAUUGCCAAGAAUGAGAAGGGACAAUGGUCACCACCGUCCGGAAUUCUAAUCCACACUUUGGGUGUAGGAUUCAUGGCCGGGAUCGAUAUCUAUGAUUGUGUCAUUGUUAUCAACGACCGCAAGGCUCUCGAUGCAUUCAGUAAAUUACGUGUUUCCCUCGGUGGUGAGAUAUCCGUUGUCGCUGGGCCAAUUGGAAGUGGGGCUAUAUUGGAUAGCGAGCUCUUAAAAAGUCGAAAGCCCUUGUUUUCCUACAUGAAAAGCAGAGGUUUGUAUGCAGGAGCACAGGUUGAUGGAACCAUAAUUAUCGAGCGCAACGAUGAAAAUGCAAGCUACUAUGGGGAAAGGUUGCCAGUAGCACAAAUUUUACAAGGAAGAGUCCCGUCACUUCCACCAACGGCUGAAUUGUUGAUGGAGGUCGUGAAGGAUGCUGAGGGAAGGCCAAAUCUAAAUCAGGCUGUCCUGCAGCAAGUCUACAAUAAGCCAGCUCCUGCAGAUGUGGAGAUUGUACAUUCAGGAGAGGCUAGUGAAAAUGAAAAGAAGAAGUAUGGAAACCCGAACACGGCCGAGGGUUAUGCUAUUCAGCAACAACUGCAUGGAUAUCAACAACAGCAGCAUCCAGGAUAUACGCAGGGUAACGACCUAUAUUAUCCUCCUCCACCUCCAGGACACCCGCCCCAUCAAGGUCAUGAUCCCAUGGAGCAGGCUCCUCCGGCUUACUAUCCGCCUCCGCGUUCAUCGGGGUUUCCACAACAGCAAGGAAGUGGUGCAACUGAACCCGGCUAUUAUGCACCCGAAAAACCACCUCGCCCAACCUGAAGAAUUGUUAGGAUAAAGAUAAAUUAAUUCUUAGCUAGUUUGGCUUGCUUAUUGUUCGGGUUUUAUUCGAUUCUGAAAUUGCUCGUCCGAUUAUUAGCUAGUCUUGAUUGAUAGAAUGAGUGAGAUACGUUGUGACACACUAUGUAUGGCAUGAGACGCCUGCUUGAAAGAUCUUCAACCAACCAGUUUUUUUAUGAUCAACCUCGAGUUGUACCAUUUGGACCACGUGUGUAGACACUCAAUCGUCGUAUUGAGUACAUGUGUGUCUACGAAUAUCGCACAAAGCAUGUUAAAUCGAAUUGUAAUGGAGGCUAAAAACAGGAAUGUUGCUGCCAUGAUACUCAUAUUAAACUUAUGGUGCGAAAGAAUCUGGAAAGUUUCUUUUCUAUACUUUAAGGAGGAUUUUUGAUAAACAAUAUUAUCAAG